AUCGCCCACCAGAAAUGAUUAUUCUUCGUCUUUGAUGCGUCAGGAAUGAUAGAAAUGUUAAUUUCUACAAGCUUGAUGACGCAGAUUAUUUGUGGUAGUUAACUAGUAAAUAUGGCAGUUUUUCUUUCCAUGAUUUCUAUAUGUUUUAUCAUUGUUCUGUGCAUUUCGCCUGGUGAAAAUAAAGAUCCGUUGUGCGGUGUCAGUCUUACAAUACCGACCGGGGAAUGUUGCUCUAGGGAGUUUGCACGGUACUGUUGCUCCGGUAUAUCUGUUUGUGUUGAUGGAGAAGAGAAUAGCACCGUAGAAAAGGUCGUUUUUGAAAAUAAUCCUUGUUUGACUCCAUGGAAUUCGAGCGCUUGUGUAGCUGGUUUUUAUACAACAAAUGGUGUUGAUGUUUUAUCUUGCCCUCCCGGAUAUUUUUGCCAACAAGGCUUGGCAUGCCUAAAACCUUGUCCAUCGGGUGCUUAUUGUGUUCAAAAUAUUCUUGAAACCAACUCUAGUAAUUGUAAUCAAUAUGAAAACUGCUGUUUACCUGCCAACACUCCACCUAUAUUAAAUGAAUUUACAAAUGCUCUUGCUUGUCCUGGUCAAUAUUACCCUCAACGAUGUCUAGAAGGUUUUUAUUGUCCAAACACAACAACCCAAUAUUUAUGUCCAUCAGGUCAUUUCUGUCGACAAGGAGUCAACAUCCUGUGAAAUGUCCAGUUAUAAGCUCAUGUGUUAGUGGGGAGAAAUCACCAAACACUCUCUACAUUGGUCUCAUCUUGAACAGUGUAUUGCUUUCAACAUUCUUUAUUAUCUUGUUCUAUUUCAACAAUCGACGACACUUCAAAUUUUAUUUUGCUCUUUACAUACGAAGUAUUAGGAACAAACAUACUCCGAGUCAAAGAUACAACAUAUCUGAUGGCCUUAGGCUUGCCAUUGAUAGGCUUCCAAAAAUCGGAUUGCAGGAUAAUAUAAUGGUUGCAAAGAAGGAUGGUUAUAAUAUAAGUUUUGAAAAACUGCGUUUAACAUUAACUUCAGGUGAAAACAAGGGUAAAGUCUUGCUUCAUGGAGUAACUGGAGAAAUUAGGGCUGGUGAGAUCACGGCUGUCCUUGGACCUUCAGGUGCUGGGAAAACAUCUUUCUUGAAUGUCCUUUGUGGAAAAGCAUAUUAUGGUCAAGCCAAUGGUACUGUUCGUAUAAAUGGCAAAAUGGUGUCUGGAUUUCAAGAUUAUAAAUACCUCACAGGAUUUGUGCCACAGGAAGACAUUAUGCAUCGAUCUUUGACAGUUUGGGAAGUACUGUAUUACAAUGCUCUUCUUCGUCUUCCUCCACCUUCUGAUUGGAAAGUAUAUGAAAAUACUGUAAAACAGACAAUGUCAUUAUUGGGCAUCAAAAACGUGGCCAAUCAAAUCAUUGGAGACGAGGAAACACGUGGAAUUUCUGGAGGUCAGAGAAGACGUGUAAAUAUUGGAAUGGAGCUGGUCGCAGAUCCAACUAUACUCUUUCUCGAUGAACCCACGACAGGUUUGGACAGUGCAUCAAGCUUGGUUUUGGUGACGGCGUUAAAAACUCUUGCUGCCAAAACCAACAUGACCAUUUGUUGUGUCAUCCAUCAACCAAGAUUUGAAAUUCUAGCAAUGUUUGACAAGGUUCUGUUUCUUGGCCAAGGUGGUAGAACUGUAUAUUCUGGUCCUGUAGAUGAAGCUGAGGCUUACUUUUCCAGAAUUGGGUUUCCUAUGCCUCCUUACGUCAACCCCGCUGAUUUCUAUAUGGAUGUGAUCGCUGGCGAAGUUAAGAACGAACAUGAUGUACAUAUAAAUCUUAUUGAAGAGUGGGACCGACAUGAAGGCUCUGAGGAAGAUAGGAAAUGUAAUGUUGUUUCAAAAGAUAUGUCUCAAGUGGACAUCAUAAAUGACGGGGGCCAAACCCGGAGUUCUAGCUUUUCCACCAAUUCUGCAUGUUCUCAGACACUUACUCAUCCGAAGAACACAAGAUUUGAAUCACUAGAUGUAGAUGGUUUUUUAAAAACUCACCAUAGUGAAUCUGAGGCGAAUAGUCAAGUCGAGGCCUGCUGCCAGGACAACAAAAGCAUGUCCGAAAAGCUGUCAAAGAAACGACCAGGGUUUUUCCGCCAGUUUUGGGUU